CCCCGGCGCACGCCGUGCUCCGCUCGGGGUGCGCCGGCCACGCUGAGCGCCCGGGACCCCCGGAGCCUCUCCGCCGCCCCCCGCGCGGCAGCAUGCGCCUGGGAGCGGGGGCCCAGCCGGGGCUCGCUCAGCCGCGCGGAGCCGGGAGCCGCGAAGGAGGGCAGUGACGGGCACGGCUCGGCGCCCGCACCGCCCUCGCCCGAGGGAAGCGCGGGCAGGACCCCGUCCCCGCUCAUUUCUCCGUCUGGACCGCGCCCCGGAGAGAUAUGCUCAGUCCAAACCGCCUGGAAGCGUCUCCUGGGAUUGCCGUGGCCCCCGGGCGUGCGGAGUGCGGAGCGUUCCCUCGGACGGCGGGUGCGGCCCCGCGGAUUUGCCUUCCCUUCGUGCUCAUCCUGCUCGCCCUGACGCCCCGCGCCGACUCCUCGUGGUGGUACAUCGGGGCGCUGGGGGCGAGGGUGAUCUGUGACAACAUCCCAGGGCUGGUGAACAAGCAGAGGCAGCUGUGCCAGAGGUACCCCGACAUCAUGCAGUCCGUCGGGGAGGGAGCCAAGGAGUGGAUCCGUGAGUGCCAGUAUCAGUUCCGUCACCACCGCUGGAACUGCAGCACCCUGGACCGGGACCACACCGUCUUCGGGAGGGUGAUGCUGCGAAGCAGCAGGGAGGCCGCCUUUGUCUACGCCAUCUCCUCGGCAGGGGUGGUUUAUGCCAUCACACGUGCCUGCAGCCAAGGGGAGCUGAAGGCCUGCGGCUGUGACCCGCUGAAGCGUGGUCGUGCCAAGGAUGAGCGCGGGGAGUUCGACUGGGGUGGCUGCAGUGACAACAUCAACUAUGGCAUCCGUUUCGCCAAAGCCUUCGUGGAUGCCAAGGAGAAGAAAGUGAAGGACGCGCGGGCGCUGAUGAACCUGCACAACAACCGCUGCGGCAGGAUGGCUGUGAAGCGCUUCCUGAAGCUGGAGUGCAAAUGCCAUGGGGUCAGUGGCUCCUGCACGCUAAGGACUUGUUGGCUGGCUAUGUCGGAUUUCCGGAAAACAGGGGAUUACCUGCGGAAGAAAUACAAUGGGGCCAUCCAGGUGAUCAUGAACCAGGAUGGUACCGGCUUCACCGUGGCCAACAAGAACUUCAGGAAGCCCACAAAGACAGACCUUGUGUAUUUUGAGAACUCACCCGACUACUGCGUGAUGGACAAGUCAGCAGGCUCACUGGGCACCGCAGGGCGCGUGUGCAACAAGAUCUCCCGUGGCACCGAUGGCUGCGAGGUGAUGUGCUGCGGGAGGGGCUACGACACCACCCGUGUCACCCGCGUCACCAAGUGCGAGUGCAAGUUCCACUGGUGCUGCGCUGUGCGCUGCAAGGAGUGCGAGGACACUGUGGAUGUGCACACGUGUAAAGCGCCCAAAAGGGCCGAGUGGUUGGACCAGACCUGAGGAGACGAGUGGCAGAACCUGGCUGUCAAAACCCCCCCCGAACCUUUUCCAGUUUUAAACACCUGUGCCCUGUGGGCCGCCGCUUUCUGGGAGCUGUAGUUUGACUGCAUGGCUUUUAUUUAAUUAAUUAACUCUGCAAAGCACUACGAAAGGACUACAUUUCCCAGGAGGUGCUGUGGACCCUUCUAUUUGCUCAGCAAAACAGAACCCCGUUCCCAGGAGGCAGCCAACCUCGCUUCAACUGUGAAACUUCUGCUGCCGUCGUUCCCUUCGCGGAGGGAC